AUGGCUGAACAGUUCUGCACUCGUGCGCUUUAUUCCUUGGUUCAACUUGUUCAUCAGAGAAGAUCUUCCCUCUUUGCUUUUUGUGUUUUAAACUUUGUAUUUUCCGUCGUGGCGACUCUUGAAAAUCUUUUAGUUAUUCGCGCCUUAAUGAAGGCCUCAACGAUACCAGCUACUGUGAAAAAGCUGCUCGUAAGUCUGGCUUUCUCUGAUCUUGCAGUUGGACUGUGUUCGCAGCUUAUGGCCGCUAUUAUCAACGCCUCGAUAUUGAAGAUGGCAUCAAGUGGAAACAACACAGCCUUCUUGUGUCCAACAGUUUUGAGUGCCCAAGGUUACUUUAGGUAUCUUCUCGCCACUGCAUCUUUUCUGAAUGUUAUUGUCAUCGCAUUUGAUAGACUUCUCGCUGUUUCGCUCCAUCUGCGAUAUCAGGAGCUUAUCACACCCAAACGUGUUAACAUAGCAUUGGUGUCUUUGUGGUUAAUAAGUUGUUUCACUGCCUUCAUAAUCGUUUUCCUUCCGACAAGAAAUAAAAUAGUAGCUGCAGUCAUUUUACUGAUAGGGUAUGUUCUGACAACCGUGGCAUAUGUUCGUAUUUACAAAGUCGUCAAAUAU